AGAUCUAAGAGCUGGCCGCUGAACGCUCGUCUGUCUGCAGGUGAGACGCUGAGCCUGACGGUCAUCAGGGCUGGUGAUGGUCAGCUGGGCUUCAGCGUGCGAGGAGGAUCUGAACAUGGACUCGGUGUCUUCAUCAGCAGAGUGCAGAAAAACAGCGCCGCAGAGCUGGCGGGGCUGUGUGUCGGUGAUAAGCUGCUGGAGGUGAACGGCGUGAGUCUGGAGAACAUCAGCAUGAGCAGCGCUGUGAAGGUGAUGAUGGGUCACGCUCGCCUCCGUCUGCUCGUCCAGCGGCUGGGACGCGUGCCUGGCCUUCGGUACACUAACGAGAAGACCACCUGGGUGGAUCUGAUCCAUCGGCGGAUGGUGGUGGAGGAAUCGGACGCUCCCUCGGUGUACAGCUCAGAUGGAGCACUGUGCCGGACGGUUCACCUCCAUCUCUCUCAGCACCAGCCCUGUCUGGGGCUCAACAUCCGCGGAGGACGAGAAUACAACCUGGGCAUCUACAUCUCCAAGCUGGAUCCUGGAGGUCUGGCGGAACAGGGCGGAGUUAAGAUGGGCGAUCAGAUCCUGUCAGCCAAUGGCGUGAGCUUUGAGAACAUUAACCAUUACAGAGCUGUGGAAGUGCUAAAGAGUCAGCCUCAUGUCAUACUGACUAUAAAAGAAACAGGCAGAUAUCCGGCCUACAAGGAAAUGGUGACAGAGCUCAGCUGGAUGAAUAAAACGGGCAGUGAAGCGGUCUGUUCGUCCUCGCAAGGGUCAGAGUCUCACUCGUCCACCUCCUCUCUGUCCUCCGGGACGCCCCUGGGCUCCGUGAGCGGACUCUCUCAAGCCACUCUGCCCGUCAGCUUGCCUUUAGGAGCCAAAUGUCUGACGCCCAGCGGCUCCGCCGAGGCCCAGUUUCAUCCAGAGUCCACUGAUAGUGACGGUCAUGCAGAGCAGCUGCGGACCGUCAGCCGAGGACCCACAGAACUGCUGCAGGACUCUGCGAUCCGGAGCGAAGGAGAGCUGGGACACAGAAGAAGGGAAGGCAGGAAAACAUCUCUGCUCACGGCUUUCAGCAGACCGAGUCCUCCUGUACGCCGAACCCGAAGUCACGUGACCGUGUCAGAAGAGGAAAAGAAACGGACGAGGAAGCAGACCGAAAGAGGAGAAGAGGCAAGCAGUCCGCUGCAGCGCUCCAGAAUGUUCUUCAGUCUGUUUCGAAAGAGAGAUUCCUCGAGAUCCCGCUCCAGAUCUCCGUCCCGCUCAGAGAGCGGUCUGGGUUCUUCUGAGAGGAGCGCUCUAACUCAGGUGCGAGAGAUGGCCGUCAGAUUGCUGGAGGAUGAAGACGUGGUCGUGCUCAUGGAGAUCUGUGAGCGGUAUCUAUCAGAGCGAGGGCUGAAGACGUUCGUGCAUCCGCUGCUGGCCGUCCUGAACACGCCAGAGAAGCUCCUGCUGCUCCGAGAGAUCAGAUCGCUCGUGUCCUCCGCUGAUCUUCCGCUCUUCAACAGCAUGGUGUCUCCAUUUGAAGAAGGAGCUUACGAUGUUCUGAAGAGUCGCUCAUGCCGAAGUUCUCCCCUCCGCUCUCCUCAGUCAGGCCACGCCCCCCAGCGACACCUCAUCACACCUGUACCAGAUCUGUGCGGUGGAUUUGAGCUUCACGCCACCGAGGAUCUUGAGAGACGGAGUCAGCUUCUGGAAGCUCUGGAGCGCCUGCAUCUGUCCUGCGGUCAGGACCAGAACGAGUCCAGAGGCUUCAGCCCGUUGCUGGACGUUCCUGUGGACACUUUCGCUCAUUCAGACUCGCUGACCUCCUCCGGGACGUCUGGGCUCCUUCCUAACUGGCUGCUGGCGGAGAACACGCGUCCAGACCCUGGUCAAGCGCCGGACGAGGCUCUCGGUCGUCCGGAGGAUUGUUCUCCUGUCAGGAACGGACGGUCAGAUGUUCUGUCCACUGUAGUGGAUGCUCCUCGACACAAGAGACCGCUGCUGUCGCAGGUCUUCGGCUCCCUGAAGAAGUCCCACAGUUCAACAGUGUCUCCUGCGGCGGAGAAACACAGCAGUGAAGAGUUUGAGCUCACCACCGUCCACAUCAGCAAAACCAAGCAGUCUCUGGGGAUCAGUAUAUCCGGAGGCUCAGAGUCUCGGGUUCAGCCCGUGGUGAAGAUCGAGAGGAUUUUCCCCGGAGGAGCUGCGUCUGCCAGCGAUGCUCUGCGGGCUGGUUUUGAGCUGGUGUCAGUGGACGGCGUCUCUCUGCAGGCCGUCACUCAUCAGGACGCUGUGGACAUCAUCCGACAGGCCUUCAGUAAUAAGAACAUCAACCCCAUGCAGCUCGUGGUCAAAGUUCCCCGAGAGCCCGGAGUCUCAUGACACGUGUGUAUUACACAUCAUUCACCCGUGACAAAAAAAUGUAGCGUCAUUUAAAAUAUAAAUGCACGAGGCAGCACAAGAUGUCAUGAUGAUCUAAGUGCCUUUUAAUGGCUUUCUUAGCGCUGCUGCAUUCUUCAUUCAAAAUACUGCAGAAAAAAAAGAAGUUAUUUUUAUUAUUAGCAUUAGAAAUCAAAACUGACACACAGAACUCAUAUAUUUCUACAACUGCACGACAGAUGCAUGUUUAGAAAGACACGCAAUGAAUGUGAUAUGAAUGUCUUGAUGGUGUUUUUCCUCAUUCCACGUCUUAAAUGAAAAAAUACUCGGUGUAUUUAACUAUACAUACAUACAUGAUGCUGUUUGUUAUUAAUUAUUUAAGCAAAUAAAUUAAUUAAAUGGUUUAUAAACAUUAAUUUAAGCAUGAUGUUAUUGUAUUGCUUUGAAGAAACCUGCAUUAGUAAUAUUUUCCUUGAUGAGCUCUCUUGUGCCUCGGGAGAGAAGGCCUGAAACUAUAUAUAUAUAUAUAUAUAUAUUUAGAAUUUUAGAGAGUUUUUAACCGUUUUGAUAAAUCCAUGCUCUACAGAGUCCUCUCUAAUCAUGUCAGGAGAAGAAACCGACAUGAUCACCACGUAAUAAAUAUAGGUUAUAUUUAUUGGAAAUGAUCUAAAACGUGGAAAUUGAUGUUAAUAAGAAUGUCUUACAAAAGCCUUUCUUAAAGCAUUCUGCUGUAUUUUUACCCAACAUAUAAACAUUAUUCUUAAAUGUCACAUUGUCUUAAUGUCAUAAUCUCGUCAAAACAUUUAAAGACCGCAAAAAUCUUUUUAAAAUACUUUUCCCCCCAAAAUAUGAUUUAUUUCAGA